UGUUUAUUUGUCAAUCUCAGUCUCUAAAAGGCAUGCAGAACUUCAGAGCAUCCGGAGACUAUGACAACGACUGUAGUGCCCCUUUAACUGCACUGUGUACACAGCCAGAGCAGGUCAUCAAAGGUGGCACCAACAUCGUUCAGUGUCAUAUUCUCAAUGAUAAGAGGCACAUACUUACCAAAGACUCCAAUAACAGUGUGGCAUUCUGGGAUGUCCUCAAGGCAUGUAAGGGGGAAGACCUGGGUAAAGUGGACUUUGAUGAAGAAAUUAAAAAGAGGUUCAAGAUGGUCUAUGUGCCGAACUGGUUUUCUGUCGAUCUCAAGACAGGGAUGCUGACUAUCACGCUGGAUGAAAGUGAUUGUUUUGCGGCAUGGGUGGCAGCUAAAGAUGCUUGUUUUACAAGCCCAGACGGCUCUGAUCCAAAGUUGAACCUGGGUGGGCUGCUCCUGCAGGCGCUGUUAGAGUUCUGGCCCAGAACUCAUAUAAACCCAAUGGAAGAAGAGGAAAUCGAACUCAACCAUGUGAACGGUGAACAGGAGAGCCGAAUUCAAAAGGGCAACGGCUACUUCCAGGUUCCUCCACACACUCCUGUCAUCUUUGGUGAAGCAGGAGGAAGAACGUUGUUUAGGUUACUGUGCCGCGAUUCUGGAGGAGAGACAGAGUCCACAUUACUGAAUGAAACUGUGCCUCAAUGGGUUAUUGAUAUCACUGUAGAUAAAAACAUGCCAAAAUUCAACAAGCUCCCGUUCUACCUCCAACCGCAUUCAUCGUCUGGGGCCAAAACACUCAAAAAGGACCGUUUGUCCGCUAGCGACAUGCUGCAGGUUCGGAAAGUGAUGGAACACGUCUACGAGAAGAUCAUCAACCUCGACACUGAGUCACAGACCACCAGCUCCUCAGCCAAUGACAAACCAGGAGAGCAGGAGAAAGAGGAAGACGUGGCGGUGAUGGCCGAAGAGAAGAUUGAGCUCAUGUGUUUAGAUCAGCUUUUGGAUCCAAACAUGGACCUCAGGACUGUAAAGCAUUUCAUCUGGAAGAGCGGUGGAGACCUGACCGUUCAUUAUAGACAGAAAGCCACGUGAGAAAUCCCCCUGACCCCUGCAUAGACCCUAAUCUCCUUCAACCCGCAUCGCUUUGACUUCCAGAAGAAGCAUCCCAGAAUGCCCUGCUGUUCUCAGGUCUGAUGGUCACCCAGGAGGAAUGUUUUUUUCUCUUUUCAUAAGAGCAAGCAGAAAGAUCUGAGCGACAGUUGAAGGAUAAAGACUGACUGCUGAUUGAGACAUUCUGUGAUCUACGACUUCAAAUUUUUGUCUGCCUUUAUUUCAUUGAUUUUUCUUCCCUGUGUAUAUAUAUAUAUAUAUAUAUUACUGUUGUGUUUAGCGACGUGUCUUGUCCAGCUUAACAUGAGUCAUGAUGAUGAUGAUGAUGAUGAUGCACACGAGUACUUCCAUUCUCAGACAUUCCAGAGACGUUUCAACUAGACCAGAUCCAAAAUCAGUUGCUCUUUGAAGCUCCCUAUUUUGCUUUCUUCCAAGUAAACAAUGUAUCUUUAUAUUCGAGAUUUAAUGUUAAACUUAAUUUAUUUGAAGCUAUUUUUGUAUCAGAAAUCUACAUUGUCCAAUGUGGAACAAGAAGUGCUGUUUCAGCCAGGCUGAUUUGAAUGCAUAGUUGCAAUUGACUGCAUACGUGUGCGAGACACUUUCCAAAUGUAUAGUUCUCUUCAGUUUGUUAGUUGAUUUCUGUGGAUCUGUGCACAUGACAGUGUUGCAAUCACCUUACCACAACUUCU